UACAUGUAGUGUGGUACUGGCAAACUGCUGCACAGCACAGAAGGGUUUCGCCGUCAUUGCGCUAGUCUUGCACGUUACAUCCAGUUUAGGUGUACUCCGUUUAUUGUUCGUGUAUCAAGUUAAUCAUCCAGACUUGCAUUCCAGUCUACAGUGUCUUUGUCUACAUGAUAACAGCUUCAGUCACCAGUGAAGUUGUACACCAGUGACUAAACAGCCUGCUGAAUCAUGGAUGACAAGACUGCAGUUCCCGAUCAAGCCAACGGCCAGGAGUCCAGCCCGACCUCGGAUCAAGUCACUGAUCCACCAGUUGAAGUAUCCACAGAGAUGGAGACAAAUGCAACCGGAAGGCUUACCGUGGUUUACCCAACUCCGGCUCAUGUUUGUAGCCCCAUUUUGCAAUCAGCCCUGGCCCAGGACUCUGAUGCGCCGGCUGGUGCAAUCGCAAAGACAGAGGAAGACUUAUCCACAAGCCUCUCCCAUGCUCACCCAGUUCCCGUUCAAGUCUGCGGCCCAAUCUCGACCCAGGCCCAAGGCAAAGUUGUUGUUCUUCCGACCAGAGUGACCAGAUCGACAGACUCCUUGACCAGCUCUACCGGCGGCUCUGCUGCUAACCCAGGCCUGGACCCUUGUUCUAGUGGCUCUGGCCUAUCCACUGCCCCCAAGUUUGACUACUAUUCACUUGAUGGCAUUAAAGAGGAGGAGUUUGACACCAUGGAAGAUGAAGUCUACUUUGAGGAAGAAGUUGUAACCGACGAGAACAGCGACGCCCCAUUAGAUGAUGAGAGCGACUUCUCUCCCAUACCAUCAGAUGAGGAAUCCUUUUCCGAUUCUUCCUCCGAUGAAGAGCCGUCCCCGGCCAAGAGGGUCUGCAAGCAACCUUCAAACAUGGAGCAAGGGUCAGCAGGUGAUUGGUUGGUUGACUGGUCGCAGCAGCCACAGGGCACUCCUAAUAUGCAAGGUACUUCUAACACGCCUCAGAAGCACUCCACAGAUCGACAUGGAUGGACCAGAUCUCUCAAGGAUGUACCUGUGCACGAAUUUCAAGGCAGACAACCAUACGGUCCGACCAUUGAACGACCAGGGGACGACAAUCCUCUGGCUUAUUUCUUGAGCUUCUUUCCGAUGACUCUGUUCUCCAAGAUGGCCCGGUACACCAACAUUGUUGGCGAGCACCAUGCCAGCUUCAAGCCGACUACACAGGCAGAAAUCAAAGCCUGGAUCGGAAUUCGCAUGAUUCAGGGGGUACACACAAACGUCAACAAUGAAGAUGACUGGUCGACCCAUCCUGGACUCCGUAACCAAAUGGUGGCUUCAACAAUGACCCGGGGGAGAUUCAACCUCAUCGCCGAGCACCUGACCUGCACCAAUCCCGGCAAAAUGACCAAGAAAGCAGACGGCAAGAGAGACAGUGACCCGUUAGCCCCUGUGAAGCUCAUCUGGAACACAGUCAAUGAUGCCUGCAAAGCCAACUACAACCCAAGGAGGGAGCUCUGCCUGGAUGAGGUCUCCUUGAAGGCCAACACCAGGAGGGAAUUCUUCCCUCAACUUCGGGUCGAUGUUGGCACAGAUAUCUACGCAGUAUGCGAAGCAAGCUCAGGCUACCUCCUCCACAUGCUGCUUCACUCAGAGGUUGGUCGGAAGAGGCACAAGCUCCCUCUCCAGAUGAUGCAGCCGUUUCUCGGCCGGUACCAUCAGCUGUACUGUGGGACGCAGUACACGUCCACCAUGCUUGCCAAAGACCUGCUGGUGAAUCAGACAUACCUGUGCGGUGCUGUGGCCCUCUCGUCCAAGGGUUUACCAGAUGACGUCAACAACAGACAGAGAAGCGCCAUCGGCAAGGACCGUCUGAUGGAAACGAUGCUGCUUUCUCCCCGAGGGACCAGCGUGGCAUGGCAGCAGGGGCAGAUGACGCUGGUUCUUUGGCGCGACGUCAAGGUGAUGUCGCUGCUCUCCACCUGCCACCAGGGGUACCGCAACCAGCUGACAGACUUCUUCACCAGAACCAUCCGGGAGACCGGAGCCAAGACGCCCACCAAAGCGAACAUCCCAGCACCCGCCCAGGCUGUCAACUACAUGAAGUUCAAGAGUGGGGUGGAGCACUCCAACCAUCUCCGCUCCUACCACUCCUGCAACCGCAAGUACAAGGCCUGGAAGCGGAUCUUCUUCUUCCUCAUUGACAUUGCUCGCGUGAACGCCUGGAUUUGCUACAAAAUCAACACCGAGGGCAAGCAGCUCAACCAUCGCAUGUUCACCGUCAACAUCGCCACGGCUCUCAUCGCGGGUUUCGCCGAGGGCACCCCGGUGUACCAGUCCACCAACGCCGCUCCGGUUCCUGCCAUCAAUGGGCCCAACCAUGUGUGCACCAGGAUGAAAGUUCUCUACCCCAAGAUGUGCAUGCAGUGUCGCAGGGCAGGGAGGAAGACCAAGAAGGGGAAGCCAGUACAAACGCGCACAGGAUGUUCCAGCUGUAAUGUUCAUCUGUGCCGGGGCCAGUGCUUUUUGGAAUUCCAUUCUGUUACUUAAUAAUAGGACACAAGCGUACAUCUAUCUACUUUCCAAGGCAAAAGUUGUCCCUGAAGAAUUACAAACUGUAGCCAUGUUUUAUUCAUCACUGUGGUCUGAUGUGCCUACAAACUUUCUUCACAAAAAUGUGUCAGGUUAAUUAUUUUCCAAAAGUGACAGACUGCUCGAGAUCUUUUUGUCAAAAAGACUUGUACGAGUUCUGAACUCCCAAGUUCUGUGAUUUCCUUUGGCUACCAACCUUUCAAUAAAUCCUCCAAAAGUCACCAAUGUGUACAAAUGGUGUAGGAAUUUGGAAAUGAACUGGUUAGUUUACAAGAGCAAAAAUUCCAAUGUCAAAUAAUUAUGGCUUGGAGGGUACAUGUUAUCUUCAUUUUCCAAAAUCCUCCAAAGCCUCCUGCUGGGUUUUGCAGGAACUGUGGAGUCUGAGUUUACAUGUACCUUCUACAAAUGCAGUACCUGUCUGGAAAACAGUUUGAGUCCAAGGCAGGAGUUGAAGUGAAUAUAUUUUAUAAUGAAAUGUUCACACUGUUAUGUUGUACUUGUUUAAUUACUUGCAUGUCAUUCUUUAAUCGCAGAUAGUCAUGAUAGUAGCUACAUGUAGG